CGCUUCGUAGCCUUGUCAUCACCCUCGUUUCCCCACAUAUAUAUUUUAAUAUGUUUCUCCUAUGAACUCAACUCAAUUCAAAACAACACACAAACAUUCAAAGAAAUUCAAACUGAUCAAUGGAUUCUUCAGAUUUCCAAUACCCAUAUUCUCAGUUCUCUCCUCAAUCAUCUUCUUCCCUUGUUUCUCAAGAAACAUUCAAUCAAGCCCUUCCUUUCAAUGAAAACGACUCUCAGGAGAUGCUUCUCCUAGGAGUUCUAAAACAAGCAGCCCCAGAGAGGUCCUUCUUAUCAAACCCUAGAGACGAUGAAGUGAGCUUAAAAGCAAACGACGAAGUCAAAAUCUCAUACAGAGGAGUCAGGAAGAGGCCAUGGGGGAAAUACGCAGCGGAGAUAAGGGACUCGACGAGGAAAGGAGUGAGGGUUUGGCUCGGAACCUUUGAUACUGCCGAGGCAGCUGCUUUAGCAUACGAUCGAGCUGCAUUGACAAUGCGAGGUUCCAUGGCUAUACUUAAUUUCCCAAUGGACAAAGUGUAUAGGUCGCUUGAAGAAAUGAACUAUGGAUUCGAAGAAGGGUGUUCGCCUGUUUUGGCAAUGAAGAAAAGACACUCCUUGAAGAACAAGGGAGGGGUAGUGAAGAAGAAGGUGAAGAGAGAAAACAUGGUGGUUUUUGAGGAUUUAGGAGCCGAUUACUUGGAACAACUUCUUAGCUUAUCUGAUACCUCUACUCUUUUUAGUAAUUUUUUUUUUGAAAAAAAAAUGUUUCUAUCAUUUUUCAUUAAUAAUAUGUACCGAUGA